AGUUACAGAUCUGAAAAUCUCUUGGUGGCUUUUAAAAUCUAGCGACGGUGUCGCUGUUUAUUCCAGCGAUUCCAAAAUCUUCAAAAUCAAAUUGCGCGACAGAAAUUAAAGGGAGAUUAAAAGCAGAUGAAGAGCAGAUGAAGGAGAAAUAAAGACAAAAAUUCUGUCUCCAGUCGCUGUUGCUGCGACCCUCUCCCGAACAUGGCUUUUCUCCGGUGUUACCGGUGUCGCUGAAAAAUAGAACGACAGUAAAACUUAUAAAAAAGAGUAGCUGCGACUACUUUAUAAAAUUGUUGUUGUUGGUCUCCACAAGCUUGCAUAUCUAGUUACGUGUAUUUUUAUGUCGCUGAUCGCCAAAGCAGCGACCAUGAAAAGAACCUGGCCAAAAUCAUCUCCAAAAACAAAUAGGGGAUAUGCAAACAAAUCUGUAAAUGUGAGGACAUGUCGUAAUUACACCAUCUAAAGCAUUUACAUAUCCAAUCAUAAAAAAAAAAAAGGAGACAAUUAAAUAAACUCGAUAAGUACUUUCUAAAAAGGUAGCUUAUAUUUGCACCAAGCCGGACAUGUAUAUUCUCCGAGGCAAGAAACAUGCACGCAACAUAUUUAUUACGUUAUCGAACCAAGACCACCAUUUAACCCAAACCAAUAAGGAAAAACAAAAAACUUCAAAUUUCACAACAAAAGAAAAAAAAAAAAAAAAAAAAGACUUUUUUCAAAAUUCAGAUCUCAAGGCAAGGAUGAUCGAAACGGUAUUGACGAGCAAAACUCUCAUCGGAUUCAUCUCCGAUACAAAACCAUUCGAAUCAAUCACCGACGACUAUUUCCGGAUUCUAGAUCUAGACGAAAGCGGAACAUUGUCUCCAUCGGAGCUCCGGAAAGGUCUGAACCACGUGGUGGCUGUUGAAUCCGAAGUCGCGUCCGGGGAAGAGACGGAUCACGUGUACAACGCGAUAUUCGAGAGGUUUGGUGAAGAUCUGGUUCCGGAGAAGUUUAGGGAUUUGGUUGCGGAGAUACUGACGGCGAUGGCGAGAGGAAUCGGAAACUCGCCGGUAGUUAUGGUUGUGCACAACGACGGGUUGAUUAUGAAAGCUGUUCAUCAUGAAUCUGAACAACAACAAGGCAAGUGAUGUUGAUGUUGAUGAUGAGAAUUUUAUUUGGGUCCUGAUUUGAUUUUUUUUUUUUUAUUUAUUAAAUAUAAUU